AUGGCCGGUUCAUAUUUGAAACCGUUCAAACAAUUUUUACAAUGGACUUUGGGUUGUACUUACGCGAAAAAAUCGAUGAGAAAUCGCAUUCGAGAUAUGUUUUAUUUUACCGAGGCACCGCAUGUUGUGAUUUAUGAGAUUAAUGAAAACGAACCGUGGUGGAAAAAAGUUGGAUUGUAAGUUUGUUAACUUCAAAACUCUUUCUUCUUGUCUUGCGCUAUUUUGAACUUACUCAAAAAGAAACAAAUGCGCUCUAAUGCGAAAAAACCUGAAUGAUCUAUUUUUUCAGAAUCUUCUGUAUCCUAAUAACCGUAAUGCUUCUCUAUUACCUACUCGAAAUGGCCUUUCAAACAGCUCGUCGAAUGAUUCGCAACUUUUUCGCCAGUCUCGAAACUCACAGCACAAUCUCAACGCCACGUUGUUUGUCGCCAAGAAAAUCGCUCACAAAAAUCAAAUCGGCUCGUGAUGUUUCAGUCACUAAAACAUCAAGAUCUAAUAGUAGAAAUUCAACGCCUUCAAAAAGACACAAAAUUCGAAUGAAUGAACCAGUUAAUUGUGUUUUUAUUCGACCAUCUUCGCAUAAAUUACAUAGUACUUCAGUGAGUUUUGUUUUUGAAAUCUUGAAAAAAAUUCCAAAAUUGUCAAUGGAGCGCGUUUGCAAAUUAGAAAAAAAUAGUUUCAAAAUUAUUUUUCUAACAUUUAUAUUCAAUAUUCAAUAUUCUAAAAAUGUUUCAAACCAAAUACAAAUAUUCAUUCUCCUUUUUUUCCAGCCGGUUCAUCAAGCACCAACUCCAGCUCCAAUUGAAGAAAAAGAAAAACCUAUCGAAAAAUCUUCAACUCCUCCAAAAGCUUCAAAUCGUCCAAGUCUCAUUGAGAUUCCAAAAACACCAGAUCGCGGAAAAUCAGGAGCCGAUAUCGAAAUUUCAGAAAAUUCUCCAAUCAGAUUUCAAGUCGGAAAUAUCAUGGAAUGGUUAGCCUCUCAAAAUCUCGAAACUGAAUCCGAUCAAGAAAGUUUCAUAAUCAAGGCUCCAACUUUGAUCUCGCCUAUUAGUAUUACUGAAAAUGUCUCUGAAAUUUCGGCCUCACCAUCGGUAUCUUCCAGCGCUUCAAACUGGACUGAAAAAUAUGCGCCAAGCGAAAUGGCAAAAUCAAUAAUCUCUUCUCAAGAUGAUUUUGAUAUAGUCAUUGAUGAUAACCCAUUAUUUUCGGAUAACUUGGAUGAGAAUGUGAAUUUUGGAAAAGUUUUGGUGAAAAACGGACAAUCUAAAGUGUUAUUCAGAUGGACUGAUGACAAUCCAAAAAAUGUGCAAAAAAUUGAACUUUCUGGAUCAUUUUUUGGAUGGAAAAUGAGUGUUCCAAUGAGACAGGAUUAUCGAAAUUCGAGAAUUUUCACAGCGAAUUUGGAAUUGCCUGAAGGUUUGCAUGAAUAUAGAAUUAAGAUUGAUAGAGUUUUAUGA